GACCUCUGUCUGCCAUACUAUCUGACUUAUUUAACAUAUUGCACCGUACCAAAUUACUUACAGUGAAACGACAUUUGAUUCAAAUUUGACGACCCAAGCCUUACCCACUAUUCAAGAUGCUUCGGAACAGUCUCUACAGGGCUUUGUGCAAACACGGACGAUUUGUUUGAGCGUACUCAUUGAAACAGCCGCCGCAUUUGACUGAAGAUGACCGCACAGAUGGCCACCACAAAGGUCCCGGAGAUCCGUGACAUAACCAGGAUAGAGAGAAUUGGAGCACACUCACACAUCCGGGGUCUUGGAAUAGAUGAUGCAUUGGAAGCAAGACAGGUGUCUCAGGGAAUGGUUGGGCAGUUGGCAGCAAGACGCGCUGCUGGUCUGAUUCUGGAGAUGAUCAGAGAUGGACAUAUUGCAGGGCGUGCCGUUCUCAUCGCUGGGCAGCCUGGCACAGGAAAGACUGCCAUUGCCAUGGGUCUCGCCCAGUCUCUUGGCCCGGAUACCCCCUUCACCUCCAUGGCUGGGAGUGAGCUCUUCUCCCUGGAGAUGAGCAAGACCGAGGCACUCACUCAGGCUUUCCGCAAAGCCAUCGGAGUCCGAAUCAAGGAGGAGACUGAAAUCAUUGAGGGAGAAGUGGUGGAGAUCCAGAUUGACAGACCAGCCACAGGGACUGGGGCCAAGGUGGGCAAACUCACUCUGAAGACCACUGAGAUGGAGACCAUUUAUGACCUUGGAAGCAAAAUGAUCGAGAGUCUGACUAAGGAGCGUGUCACUGCUGGAGAUGUCAUCACCAUUGACAAAGCCACUGGGAAAAUCAGUAAGCUGGGACGUUCUUUCACCAGAGCUAGAGAUUACGAUGCUAUGAGUGCUCAGACACAGUUUGUCCAGUGCCCAGAGGGGGAGCUGCAGAAGCGGAAGGAAGUGGUCCAUACAGUGUCCCUGCACGAAAUCGACGUCAUCAACAGCCGCACGCAGGGCUUUCUUGCCCUCUUCUCCGGUGACACAGGUGAGAUCAAGUCGGAGGUGCGGGAGCAGAUCAAUGCCAAGGUGUCUGAGUGGAGGGAGGAGGGGAAGGCGGAGAUGAUCCCGGGGGUGCUCUUCAUAGAUGAGGUCCACAUGCUGGACAUGGAGUGCUUCUCGUUCCUGAACCGCGCCCUGGAGACUGACCUCUCCCCCGUGCUCAUCAUGGCCACUAACAGAGGCAUCACACGUAUUCGUGGCACAAACUACCAGAGUCCUCAUGGGAUCCCCAUCGACUUGCUGGACAGACUUCUGAUCAUCGCCACCUCACCUUACACCGAGAAAGAGACGCGACAGAUUCUCAAGAUCAGGUGUGAGGAGGAGGAUGUGGAGCUGAGCGAGGAGGCCCACACCGUCCUGACGCGCAUCGGAAUGGAGACGUCGCUGCGCUACGCCAUCCAGCUCAUCAGCACCGCCGGCCUCGUCUGCCGCAAGCGCAAGGGCACUGAGGUGCAGGUGGAGGACAUCAAGCGUGUGUACUCUCUGUUCCUGGACGAGGCGCGCUCCUCCCAGUACAUGAAGGAGUACCAGGACUCAUUCCUCUUCAACGAAACACAAUCUGCCCAGAUGGAGACCUCGUAAUGACCCUAAUGUUACGGCCCCUUUUUUGUUGUCUGUCUGUGACCUACGUUUUGUCUUUUUUCCCCAUGUGAAUGUUGCUGUUUAUUUUUUUAAAUUAACUUUUUUUUUUUUAUGAAAGCUAGUGGAGUGUACUGCUCCACUAGUCCACUGUACUAAGGUCCUGUGAUCUUUGUUGCGUUGGUUUUCUGUGGAGGAAUCUUUGCAGUGACAGCAGUGUUGAGAGAGCUGUAAUGUGGCAUUCACCAACAUGCAAUUCUUGGUAGUGCAGAGAAGAAUCCAAAUCAAAUGUGUGUUAGCUGUUGUAUUCCAGUAUGGUCAUAUUCCAAACAUUGUAAUUAAGAGCUGAAUAAUGCCACAUUACUGCUUUCAGAUUUCUCUAGACUAAGACCACCUGGUUAUUCAGCACCACCUGAGUUUUUUUUACAAAGCUUUGUGGUAACAAUUUCUGCUAUGAAAAUAAAAUAAAAAUUAUACCACCUUA